AUGAAGAGAUGGAAUUCAGAGCACAUCUUUGACCACCCACGGGAAACUGUUACAACAGCUGCAAUCCAGAAAUACCCAAAUCCUUUGAACUCAAGUGUGGUUGGAGUUGAUGUACUGGACAGGCAUAUAGAUCCCUCUGGAAAGUUGCACAGCCAUAGACUUCUCAGCACAGAGUGGGGACAGCCUUCCAUUGUGAAUAAUAUUUCACUUACAAACAUGGUUUCAGUAGAUGAGAGACUUACAUACAAACUACAUUCUCAAGACCUGGAAAAAACUGUUUUGACUCAAGAAGCCAUAAUCACUGCUAAAGGAGUCAGCCUUAGCAGUUACCUGGGAGGACUGACGGCAAGUACAAUUUCUUCAAAUGCUAAUGAAGUCCGAGAAGUGAUGGAAUGGGUAAUACAUAAAUUAAAUGCUGAGACUAAAGAAUUGACAGCUUCAGUGAGAGGAAGCAUAAGGAGACCGAUGGCGGCAGCAGCAUUUGUAGAGAAAUGA